CGAGUUGGGAGGGUGACCUGCAAUGCUCCUCGUGUCCGGACCGUCCUAGGCACCCAAAUAGGAACAAAGCCACGCAAUUGCUCUAGGGAUGAUUUGAUCCUCUUCCAUCUUUGUAUUGUUGUGCUUGUGGUUGCACCACUCUUUCCACAGUCGCACUCUCUCAAGGCAUGCAUCUGGGAUUCAGGGAGGCCACAAAAAGGACAAUCUGGACAAGCAUUGUCGAUCCACUCUUCAAUGUUUAAUCCAACAAGAACACCAAGCCAAAACAGAGCCCCGCUCCAGCCUCACAGGGAGAGACAAAACGUCAGCCACAAGUGAAGACAGAAA